AUGGAGACAGAGCGGCAAUUCGUACCGCCUGUCAAUCAACUGGUUCCUAUCACCGAGUUACCGGCAUCUCUACGGCUUCAACACCAUCAGAUAGGGGGUACGGAGGGUGGAGAAGAGGAGGAGGAGGAUUAUGAGGACCAUUCACACCUCAGCCAGCUGUCGAUUCAAGCCUUGGAGAGAAAGGGAAAUGCCAAAAAUAGGACGGUUGCAGCUGUGAUUGAGACGAAGCAGCAUUUGGCUACAUUUACACCAUCAAACCUCCUGCCUAACGGGACGCUGCCUAAAAUCGCCUUCUUGUUCCUCACUCGAGGGCCUCUUCCCUUUCAGCCUCUCUGGGAGGAGUUUUUCCGUGGGAACAUGGACCGUGCCUCAAUUUAUGUCCAUGCAGCGACAGAGGGCUGGGACGUGAAUGCACAUGUUGGGAAAGGCAGUGUAUUCUGGGGAACCCAGAUUCCAGGAUUGAGGAUUGUAAGGGGGAUGCCGUCGAUGAUUCAAGCUACCAGGCGGCUUCUUGCAGCAGGGCUCGAGAAUCCAGUCAAUCAGCGGUUCGUGCUGCUGUCAGAGGCCUGCAUUUCCAUCCGGAGUUUUGAUUUCAUUUACGAGUACCUCUUCGCAGAGGAUAGAAGCUUCCUGGCAGUCCUUCCAGUGCUUCGCUGGUGGAGGUUUCCACGAUAUUUCUGGAUAUUCAUGCCACGCCAGGUUAUCCAUCCAUGGCAGAUUAGAAAAGGUUCUCAGUGGUUCGUGCUGACACGCCCGCAUGCAGCGUUAGUGGUGGAAGAUAUGAAGUACUAUGUGACCUUCGGCAGGGGCAGAGGGGAAUAUCCUGAUGAGGGCUACAUUCAGACAGUGGUCUGGGGAUAUGAUCGUAGAGGCAUAGAACCUCACUCAGUCAUGCAUGUGGAUUGGCCACAUUACAAGGCUGAGCACCCGUUAAUGUAUUCUGGGAGCAGUGUGACGGCGGCUUUGAUAGAGAGGAUGCAAAGGCGUCAUUUUGCAGUGUCAGAGAAUGUCGGCCUUUUAGAUGUCGCCUUUCCUGGUCCAUGCAGAGUUGCUGGAGAGCGGGCCCCGUGUUUUCUGUUUGCACGCAAGUUUGCCCCCUCUUCAGUCAGUGCUCUAAUGUCUCUGCGGGAUACUUUGGGUCACUUGACGUUCUUAGAGAUUAUUCAGAACAAGCUCACAAUGGCUUCUGCCGUCCUCCGCAGCUCUUUCCUCGCGGCCCCUGUCGCUGUUGGCCUUCCGAAGCUCGAGGCAGCUCCGGCUAGGAGAAACCUUACAGUUCGCGCUGGGACCAAGAUCUUGAGAAAUGUCAAGGUCGUUGAGCUCUUCGGCGAGGACAAGACUGGCGGCGUUCGCGGCAAGGUCGUAGGCUCGGACCCAGAAAUCCGCCUCCUUUCACGCGUGGAGGAUCUCCGGUUGCUCUCCAAGGCCGAGCAAGCAGGCCUCCUCUCACUCGCAGAGUCCUUCGGCCUCUCAUUGACAGCCAUUGAGGAGCUCGGCCUUCUCUCCAAGGCUGAGGAGUUUGGUAUCCUUUCUGCUGCCACUGACCGGUCCACUCCUGGCACUCUUCAAGCCAUCGCCUUCCUCCUGCUUCUCGCUGGCCCUGCUUUCGUGUACUUCGUUCCUGAUGACAGCACUGGCUUGAUUGUCGCUCAGGUUGUGGUUUCGUUGUUGUGUGCGUUUGGCGGAGCUGCUGCUUUUGGUGCUGGCCAGCUGCUUGCCUCUCUGCAGAAGAAGUAA